CAAAACUUGCGUCGCGGAGCGCCCUGCUUGACUUGAAUGGAAGGAGCCCGAGACGGCCGAGCGCAGCUGAGACUGGGGGAGCGCGUUCGGCCGGCUGGGCGCGGCUCGGCGCCGGGGCGCAGCAGGGAAGGGGAAGCUGUGGUCUGCUCCGCUCCAAGAGGCGCCACUGGUGUGAACCGGGAGAGCCCCUGGGUGGUCCCGUCCCCUAUCCCUCCUUUGUAUAGAAACCUUCUGCAGUGGGAAGGCAGCGGUGAGGCAGGAGGGCUCAUGGUGAGCAAGGAGGCGGGCUGGUCUGCAGGUGCACAGCAUUCCCAGUUUACAGAUUUUUACAGACACCAAACAGAAGGCGAGGAGGCAGAACAGCCUGCCUGGUUCCGUCAGCCCUGGCGCCCAGGCGCAUCUGACUCGGCACCCCCUGCAGGCACCAUGGCCCAGAGCCGGGCGCUGCUGCUCCUGCUGCUGCUGCCGCCACAGCUGCACCUGGGACCUGUGCUUGCCAUGAGAGCCCCAGGAUUUGGUCGAAGUGGCGGCCACAGCCUGAGCCCUGAAGAGAACGAAUUUGCGGAAGAGGAGCCCGUGCUGGUCCUGAGCCCUGAGGAGCCCGGGCCUGGCCCAGCCGCGAUCAGCUGUCCCCGAGACUGUGCCUGUUCCCAGGAGGGCGUCGUGGACUGUGGCGGCAUCGACCUGCGUGAGUUCCCCGGGGACCUGCCUGAACACACCAACCACCUGUCUCUGCAGAACAACCAGCUGGAAAAGAUCUACCCUGAGGAGCUCUCCCGGCUGCACCGGCUGGAGACGCUGAACCUGCAAAACAACCGCCUGACUUCCCGAGGGCUCCCAGAGAAGGCGUUUGAGCAUCUGACCAACCUCAAUUACCUGUACUUGGCCAAUAACAAGCUGACCUUGGCACCCCGCUUCCUGCCAAACGCCCUGAUCAGUGUGGACUUUGCUGCCAACUAUCUCACCAAGAUCUAUGGGCUCACCUUUGGCCAGAAGCCAAACUUGAGGUCUGUGUACCUGCACAACAACAAGCUGGCGGACGCCGGGCUGCCGGACAACAUGUUCAACGGCUCCAGCAACGUCGAGGUCCUCAUCCUGUCCAGCAACUUCCUGCGCCACGUGCCCAAGCACCUGCCGCCUGCCCUGUACAAGCUGCACCUUAAGAACAACAAGCUGGAGAAGAUUCCCCCAGGGGCCUUCAGCGAGCUGAGCAGCCUGCGCGAGCUGUACCUGCAGAACAACUACCUGACUGACGAGGGUCUGGACAAUGAGACCUUCUGGAAGCUCUCCAGCCUGGAGUACCUGGAUCUGUCCAGCAACAACCUGUCUCGGGUCCCAGCUGGGCUGCCGCGCAGCCUGGUGCUGCUGCACUUGGAGAAGAACGCAAUCCGGAGCGUGGACGCGGACGUGCUGACCCCCAUUCGCAGCCUGGAGUACCUGCUGCUGCACAGCAACCAGCUGCAGGCGCAGGGCAUCCACCCGCGGGCCUUCCAGGGCCUCAAGCGGCUGCACACGGUGCAUCUGUACAACAAUGCGCUGGAGCGCGUGCCCAGCGGCCUGCCUCGCCGCGUGCGCACCCUCAUGAUCCUGCACAAUCAGAUCACAGGCAUCGGCCGCGAAGACUUUGCCACCACCUACUUCCUGGAGGAGCUCAACCUCAGCUACAACCGCAUCACCAGCCCGCAGGUGCACCGCGACGCCUUCCGCAAGCUGCGCCUGCUGCGCUCGCUGGACCUGUCGGGCAACCGGCUGCACACGCUGCCUCCUGGGCUGCCUCGAAAUGUCCAUGUGCUGAAGGUCAAGCGCAAUGAGCUGGCUGCCCUGGCACGAGGGGCACUGGCGGGCAUGGCCCAGCUGCGUGAGCUGUACCUCACCAGCAACCGACUGCGCAGCCGGGCCCUGGGCCCCCGCGCCUGGGUGGACCUUGCCCAUCUGCAGCUGCUGGACAUCGCCGGGAAUCAGCUCACAGAGAUCCCCGAGGGGCUCCCCGAGUCACUUGAGUACCUGUACCUGCAGAACAACAAGAUUAGUGCGGUGCCCGCCAAUGCCUUCGACUCCACACCCAACCUCAAGGGGAUCUUUCUCAGGUUUAACAAGCUGGCUGUGGGCUCCGUGGUGGACAGCGCCUUCCGGAGGCUGAAGCACCUGCAGGUCUUGGACAUUGAAGGCAACUUUGAGUUUGGUGACGUUUCCAAGGACCGUGGCCGCUUGGGGAAGGAAAAGGAGGAGGAGGAAGAGGAGGAGGAGGAAGAGGAAGAGGAAACAAGAUAGUGACAAGGUGACCCAGAUGUGACCUAGGACGAUGAACCGCCGGACUCCUUUCUGCAGCACACGCCUGUGCGCUGAGCCCCCCACUAGGCCGUGCUCACACAGACACACCCAGCUGGGCACACGGGGCAUCCCACAUGACACAGGCUGACACAGUCUCAUAUCCCCACCCCUUCCCGCAGCAUGUCCCACGACCAGACACGUGCACACACGUCACACCCUCACACACCCAGCUCAGCCACACACAGCCCGUUACACACUGCCCUCCAAACCACCACAGUCUCUGCCACACCCCCACUACCACUGCCACACCCUCUGAAGCAUGCAGGGAAGGGUCUGCCCCUACCCUAGCACACAGAGGCACCCACUCCCUCCCCCUGCUGACAUGUGUAUGUGUGUACACACCACGCACACACACAUGCACAAGUCGUAUGCAAACAGCCCUCCAAAGCCUAUGCCACAGACAGCUGUUGCCCCAGCCAGAAUCAGCCACAGCAGCUCGCCGUCUGCCCUGUCCAUCUGUCCGUCCGUUCCCUGGAGAAGACACAAGGGUAUCCCCAUGCUCUGUGGCCAGGUGCCUGCCACCCUCUGGAACUCACAAAAGCUGGCUUUUAUUCCUUUCCCACCCUUUGGGGACAGGAGCUUUCAGGACUGCUGGCCUGGCCUGGCCCAUCCUGCUCCUCCAGGAGCUGGGCAGUCACUCUGCUAAGAGUCCUUCCCUGCCACGCCCUGGCAGGACACAGGCACUUUUCCAAUAGGUAAGCCCAGUGGAGGCAGGACGGGAGAGCCCCUUGGGUGCUACUGGGGCCUUGGAGCAGAAGUGAAGCAGAGGCGAUGGGGCUGGGCUGAGCCAGGGAGGAAGGGCCCAGCUGCACCUAGGAGACACCUUUAUUCUUCAGGCCCAUGGGGGAAGUUCCGGGUGCCUUUAUUUUUUAUUCUUUUCUAAGAAAAAAAUGAUAAAAAUCUCAAAGCUGAUUUUUCUUGUUAUAGAAAAACUAAUAUAAAAGCAUUAUCCCUAUCCCU